AUCUAGCUAAAAUAGGUAACUAGCUUUCCUUAGAAGAGUAAAACGGGAAUAAUAUAUUACUCUGUAUGUGAAAUAGAGGUGUAUAUUCGCACAAUACUUAAUUAGUCACUCCGUAUAAGUUAUUGAUAGAACUGUUGCCAAGUUCUUUUAUGCCUUCAUCCCAAGAUUAUUUACAAGGAUAUAUAGGGCGCUUCAAUUCAAUUAACUUCAGAAUUGGAUGAUGAGAAAUAAACGUUGUGGUUCAACCUUCUUGCUGGCACUGCCGCAGGAUUUGUUUGAAAUAGUGACUAAAUCCGGUCUGUCCCCAAGGGAUUUGUGCAGUCUAACCCUGUGCUGCAAGAGCUUGCAGGAGCUAGUGACCUCCGAAAAGAUAUGGCUGGCUCAAUGUGAGGCGCUCGGGUUGGUUUCCAGCCCGGAGCUGUUCGAAUGGCGAAAGGGUGUUUCUUCUUUCAAGUCUCUAUGCCGUUUCUUUGUAGGAAUAAGCCCUUUUCUUGGCAUUUGGGUUAGCCAAAACCCUGACAUUGGGAAUGUUGUUUAUGUCAUGCCUGGUUUUCUUUCAGCCAUCGGCUGCCGGAUUCUCCCCCAACAACUUCCUCUCGGCCUCGAGGAUAAUGGACCGAUUCGUUGGGCCCCCAUGUUUGAAAUCAUCUGUGAUUAUGAUGGCUCGGCCGCUGCAUUCUUUCUCCAUGGGAGGGAGAAUGGGUGUGACUAUGUCUGUCCUGGUUUUAUUAAGCAGCCAAUCCACAGGACGACUUGCAAUCAUACAGUCUUAGUGAAAUCAUAUGGGGUUAGGCCUUGCAAUGUUCUUUUCUUAGAGGCUGAGCCUAGUGGACGUACUGAAUCUGAUGUGAGUUUUAACAGUUUGGCUUUUAAUGACAUGAGAGAUUUACUUGAGGCAGUCAUUAACAAGGUGCGUCAUGAAGUUCCAAAAUCCGCAACUGCUAAUGCCUUGUUGUUUCCACGUGCGGCUAUCAACAAUGAAGUUCAAAUGAAGCUCCAGGAUAUGACAACGGUCUUGCGUGAAAGAAUCGAUUUGCUUCUUGCCCGAAUUCGUAGUAACAUCAAGGGGAGUAACGGCGAGGAAUCCCCUCUAUAUUGCAGUUUGAAUGAGAUAAGGCCGAAUGUUGUUCAAGCAGGUCGAGCUGCUCGCGAAAUUGCCGAAAAACGUAUUCGAGAGAGGAGAUGUUCCGUAUUCAAGAACAUUAAUGAGAGCAUUUGGCUUCAGAGGCAGGGCUUAUUACCCUACACAGACUAUGACGAGUAUGACACACGGCUUCCCGAGUUUCUGCAAUUGGGCGAAACCAUUUCACUCAGUUUGCACGCUUCCACUAAAAAUCUAGAUUAUUUCAUGGCAUGGCCCGUCAUGCUAAACGAAAGUAAUUAUAUGCUCAGCAAGCUGCCUGUUCAGGAUAUUGAAUAUGCUGGUUUAUGGGGAGGCAUUUUCGGGUGGCCUCUCGGGAAGCAUUCCCGAAAGUCUACAUGCCUUCUUAUGCUCUCUUAUGAAGUGUCGGAUGGCCGGAAUACACUCGUUGCCACCACCAUAUUAAAUGGUUGUUCAUGGCCAAAUGGAUCGCCCAUGUUUGAGGUGAAAGUUGAUGAGCCAUCGCCUGAUGAGUUCCCAUGGGAUGGUGAUGUGAAGAAUACCUUGUUAGGCAAAGGCAUUGCCAGUGGGUAUGGAUAUAACUGCCCUGGUAGAAAACCUGGGUCACUCUAUGUGAUCCAAGAGGCAAAGACCAUGGAGACGUUGUUGGCUUUUGUGUGGAAAGAGUCUGGAGAUGUGUUGACCUGCCGGAGACUCAACCUGGAAGAGCUUUUGAAAAAAGGUCAACGUGUUGAUUCUCAACCUCCCACUUCCAGCUUUACUCCAUUCAAUUUUGACUACGAGUAAAUUCUUUACUAAAUAAAGACUUGAGUUGCGUGCCUCGUUAGAAUUGAAUUCAUUGUGAUGUUUUUUUUUAUCUUACUGGCCUAAAGACUUGCUGUUAUUGCUUAGGUCUUAAUUUCUCACUUUUUAUUUUGUGAUUGCAUUUUGUUGAACUUCUCGACCCUUAUGUAUGCAAGUCAUAUCCUAAUGAAAAAAGUCUGGAACAUGAAC